UCAACAAAGAGCGCGCUCUUCUCGUGAAGUUUGCUUGGUGGUGUGGUGCAGUACUUUUUUCACACGCUCUGUUUCUCUCUUUCUCUGUCUCUUGGCCGCUCGAAAAUUCGCUCUCUGAUCGAGAAUAAGCGGUAGGAGGCGAUAGAGAAUUAGAAGAAGUUCGAGGGCGGAGCUGGAUUGCCGGUAUUGAAGAAGAAUUUGGAGCUGUUGCGGAGGGAUUUGUUGUUAUGCCUGAAGAAGCCAUGACAGGUAGAGCGUCAUCGGGAAGGACGCCGACGUGGAAGGAAAGGGAGAACAAUAAGAGGAGGGAGAGACGGCGGAGGGCUAUUGCUGCUAAGAUCUACACUGGUCUCAGAACUCAGGGGAACUAUAAGCUUCCUAAGCACUGUGACAACAACGAGGUCUUGAAGGCGCUUUGUAGUGAAGCUGGUUGGGUGGUUGAAGAAGAUGGCACCACCUAUCGCAAGGGAUGCAACCCUCCUCCGAUUGAUAUUGGCACUUCUGCUAACAUGAGUGCCUGUUCUUCUCUUCAACCAAGCCCACAAUCUUCAUGUUUCCCAAGUCCUGUACCAUCCUACCAUGCCAGCCCUUCUUCAUCCUCUUUUCCGAGCCCAACUCGAUUUGAUGGGAAUCCAUCUUAUCUUUUGCCAUUCCUUCAAAAUAUAACCUCUAUACCUGCUAAUCUCGCACCUCUCAGAAUAUCAAACAGUGCACCUGUUACGCCACCUCUUUCUUCCCCGACAUCGAGGGGUUCGAAGCGUAAACCUGACUGGGAGUCCAUUCCAAAUAGCUACUUGACCUCUUUCCGCCACCCCCUCUACGCUGUCUCUGCUCCUUCAAGUCCUACAAGAUGCCGCCAUCUUACACCAGCAACAAUUCCAGAAUGUGAUGAGUCUGAUGCUUCAACUGUGGACUCUGGCCGCUGGGUCAGUUUCCAAACUGUAGCACCUUCUGUUGCUCCUCCCUCCCCUACAUUUAAUCUGAUGAAACCAGUGAGCCAGCAAAACUCUCUCCACGAUUCAGUUGACAGACAUGGAGCAAUGGGCUGGGGUGCUGCAUCGGACAGGGGGCGAGGCUCUGAGUUUGAAUUCAAAAAAUUUGAGAAUGGCAAAGUGAAGCCAUGGGAGGGCGAGAGAAUUCAUGAAGUUGGGGUGGACGAUUUGGAGCUUACACUUGGGAGUGGGAAGGCCCGUGGUUAAGCAUCCACUUGAAGAUAUUCUCUUUAAAGGUUAUUGGUUUAUGCUCACUCAAUUUGUUUACUUUCUAGGCUUGGACUUCAACUUCCACUACACCUCCGUCCUCUUGGAGCCUCUGCAAACCUCAACAGUUCCUUUCUCUGAUUCCACAUCUUACGCCUUCAUUUGAACAGUUCUUUUCUCGUGUGGAGCCUUCGCAAAUCUGAACUCAUUACAUCUUGUAGUGGAAGAGGAAUCAAUAUUUGAUUCGGGCCCAGGAAAGAACAACAUUCAGAAGAACAAUGCAAUUAAUUGUGAUGGUUUCAAUUUUUUCAGGAUCUUAUGAUCCUUAGGAUUUGCCUUGCCCACCUGUAUCAGAAAUUUCUUGUAUAUAUAAUCUUCAAUUCAUCUUAUCUUUGCAGAACGUGAAAGAAAUGAACGACAAACUGUGGGAAAGUUGUUACGAACAUUGCCUAUUUCCCUGGUCAGUUAUGAUUCAUUACAUUUUCUGUCAUGUACAUGUUCAAUCAUACACCAUAUCUUAGAGGGCCCUGUCCGUAGCUUCAUUUUUUGUUACAAAGAACUAAGAACUAAAUGUUAUCAAUACUUGACUUUCAGAUU